AUGGGCCCCUGUACCGCCUCCUCAUGCUGCUGCCAGGCCCGUAAUCUGCCAUGGGCCCCCGUACCGACUCCUCAUGCUGCUGCCAGGCCCGUAAUCUGUCAUGGGCCCCUGUACCGCCUCCUCAUGCUGCUGCCAGGUUCAGAGUGUGUCAUGGGUCCCUGUACGGCCUCCCAUUGCUGCUGUCUCCAUCGCCACACUCUGCCAUGUGCCACUUUCAGGUCUCCUCACACUGCUGGUGGGUUCCAUUUUUUUCAUAGGGUGCUGUAUGGCCUCCCAUUGCUGCUGCCUCCACCGCCACACUGUGGCUCCACACUCUGGUUUUCGCCCCGUGACUGCCCAAAUGAGUGACGUGUGCGGUGAUUCUAAGAUCGACGGCACUCAUCUGCAUGUCAUACUGACUGACAGUAUUAUUUCUCAUCCCCAGCAGACUCCAAGGGCAUUUAAAUUAAAGGUACAGUGUUCUGCACUAAUAUAA